AUGUCAUCUCCGAAGAAAGUCGAAUGUCCCAGCAACAACAAACUGGGAGCCUGUCCUGCCCUGUUGUUUGGAGAUCCCAAGACAGCAACCAUGGGGAUUAUUGUUCUGCAGGAGUGGUGGGGUGUCAACCAACAGAUACAAGAUUGCAGCAAGGACAUCUGUUCGAAGACCAACAUGGUGACUCUUGUCCCAGAUUUAUACCGGGGUCAAGUGGCCACUGACAAUGAGACGGCUGGACACUACAUGGGCCAGCUGGACUGGCAAGGAGCCAUAGAAGACAUCCGUGCAAGUGCCAAAUAUUUGAAAAGUCAGGGCUGCAAAAAAGUGGGCGUAACAGGAUUCUGUAUGGGCGGAGCUCUGUCAAUGGCUGCUGCAGCUUUGGUGCCCGAGAUCGAUGCUGCUGCUCCCUUCUAUGGUAUACCGUCAGAUCAGCUAUGUGAUGUGUCCACCAUCAAGAUCCCUCUACAGUGUCACUUUGCUGAGAAAGACGAGACAAAAGGAUUUGCUUCCCCUGAUGAAUGGAAGCCGCUGAAGAAAAAGCUGGAAGGUUCCGUCAAACAUCUGGAGUUUUAUGUUUAUGAAGCUGGUCAUGCUUUUACCAACAAGACUGGACCCAACUACAAUGAGAACUGUUGCAAUCUGGCUUUGUCUAGAAUGUUGCAGUUUUUUCAGAAGACACUCUCUUAG